AUGGCUCCUCUCACUCCCCACUGGCACCAGCCCUCCCACCCCGAGAUCCAAGAGGUCGUCAUCGUCAACGCCGAGGAAUUCACCACCAAGAGUAUCUCGCGCGUUUCUCUCCCGCCUUUUGCUGUCUACGCAAAGCUCGAUUUCCCUCCUUGCACGCGUGUCAGCGAACCCACCUACGCUACUGUGCAGACUGGCCGCGAUACUCAUCUCAACCUGAACAGCGAUCUGCUGUACAUCAAUCAUUCUUGCGAACCUACUCUCUUCUUCUACCCUUCCACCGAAUGGCACAUGGCCCAACCCUUCGACUGCCUCUGCGGAACACCCUCUUGCCGUGGCCGCAUCUCAGGCGCUCAAGACAUGACCCAAGCCCAGCUCGACGGCAUCUGGCUCAACGGUCACAUCAUCCAGCUCCGCGCCGAGCACAUCGCCCGGUCCGAAGACCCCACGGCCAACGCCCUCCGCGAUGCUGUUGUCCACGCCGAAAAGGUCCUCGAGUCAGCUCGUCUUGCUCUUCGCUCCUACGCGAGCAACGCGCACGCUCAGAAUGGAAACGGUACCUUUCUCUCCAAGUAUACGAAUGGAACUCUUGGAAAGGCGGCCGUCUUGGAGCACCGUGGUCCGACUUCUCGGGAGCUGAGCGGUGAGAUGGGAGGUGAUACUGUCCGUGCUUAG